AUGACUCAAGUCUUUUUCGACAUAGCAAUUGGUGGCUCUCCAGCUGGUAGAAUUGUUUUUAAGCUCUUUGACAACGAAGUUCCCAAAACAGCAGCCAAUUUUAAAGCACUUUGCACUGGUGAAAAAGGCUUUGGAUUCAAAAAUUCAAGUUUCCAUAGGAUCAUCCCAGGAUUUAUGUGCCAGGGUGGAGACUUUACAAAUGGAAAUGGUACAGGCGGAAAGAGUAUCUAUGGCAGCAAAUUUGAAGAUGAAAAUUUUAUCAGGAAACACACCAAACCAGGUCUUCUGUCCAUGGCAAAUGCUGGACCAAACACCAACGGAUCACAGUUUUUUAUCACAACAGCUAUCACUUCAUGGUUAGAUGGUAAACAUGUUGUGUUUGGAGAAGUUGUCAGCGGGUACAAUGUGGUUGAGACGAUGGAGGGUGUGGGAUCCCAGAGUGGGAAACCAUCCAAGCCUGUGUCUAUUACCAACUGUGGUGUACUGUAA